UUCCAUUAUUUAAAAUAUCGUACGAUCAAAACGAAUAAUUGCAUACUUUUAGGCAACUGCCGCAACCUAGUUGAUCACAGCUGUUUCCAUAAUAUAUGCAAGCGCAAACAAAACAUUGCAAUAAAGUAAAUAACAAAGCGUAAUGUGAUAAGAAAUGCGGCGAUAAAGCCAACUUAAGGGUCAUCGUUACUUGUAAGACGGCAGGUGUUAGUGCUGCAAUAAAUUCGCAAGUGUCUGGUACGUUUAGCUGUAAAGCGCCAUGAACACAACACUGAGCAGUCGGCAGCUUUUACAAAGCGCUUGGCAAACUAAUCGCAUUUUGAAGAUUUGUGCACAACAAAUCUUCGCUUCAGUAUCGCUCCUUAAACCAGUAGAAACCAGUGAAGGCAAGAAGCCAAUACUUUAUUCCUACUGGCACAGUUCCUGCUCGUGGCGCGUUCGCACUGCACUCAACUGGAAGAAUAUUCCAUAUGAAACGCGAGCUGUUAACUUACUUAAGCCGGAAAAGGGACAGUUUGCCGCCGAGUAUCGUGCGAUUAAUCCUACGGCGCAAGUGCCAACACUGCUUAUAGAUGGGAAUAACAUCAUUGAGUCCAUUGCCAUUCUGCAUUAUUUGGAGGAGACGCGUCCGCUGCCAGCGCUGCUGCCGCAAGACGCGUACGAACGUGCCAAAGUGCGUGAGAUUGUAGAAAUCAUAGCCUCAGGUAUACAGCCUUUACAAAAUCGGAAAGUGCAGAAGCACGUUGGACGCGAUAAGCGGAUGGAGUGGGUUCAGCAUUGGAUCAAUAGCGGUUUUCGCGCUCUGGAAGAAAAGCUCUCCACUUCGGCGGGCAAAUAUUGUGUGGGCGAUGAGGUUUCAAUGGCUGAUUGCUGUUUGCUGCCACAAGUAUUUAAUGCCAGAAAAUCUCAGGUUGAUAUGCGACCAUAUCCGAUUAUUUCACGUAUCGAAGGUGAAUUGGAAGUGAUUCCCGCCUUUAUCGCUGCCCACCCAACUAAUCAGCCGGACUGUCCAACGGAGUUAUCUGGCAGAUAAGACUUUGCGAAGUCGAAGAUAAAAAAUACUUUGCGGUCAGCAUAUUUUGCGUGUAUUUGUUCAAUUAAGGUGUGAAAUAAAAUUAAUAUUUACAGGGGAACAAAAUAGACCGUUCAAUAAUUUAUAAGGGCAAACCGGUUCGUUUUCAAAAAAGUGAACUUAUUUAUUGUACUAUAAAAUAAAUUUAAUAUAUCACUCCUGUA